AUGGCGCGCGGGCGACGACCAGGGACAUCAUCAUCAUCUACUACUGCAGGUGUAGGGCGUGGGGGAAGGAAGACGCCUGUAGAGAACUCACAGUCUAUUUCUACACCUAUCCAACCGGCUUCUCCUGUUGCUGUCAACGAUGGGGGUUCGUUUGCAGGCGGCAGAGGAAGAGGAAAGCGUGGUAGACCUUCAUCAUCACAGUCUGCUGCACAAAAUCAACAGCAACCACAACAACAACAACAGCAGCAGCAGCAGCAGAAGAGCGGUAUAUUGACUCUGCAACGGAAUAAUCCAAUUGUGAGCUUCUGGAAGGGGUUUUGCCGUCACGAUGCACUGACGCAGGCACUAGCCAACAUUGGAACCAUGAUAGAAGCGGAGUCACCACUACUGGUUUCAUCCUCUCAACCAGAAUACCCAUUUUCAGGACUUUCCACAGAUCGGAUUCUGGUUGCAAUUCAGGCAAUUGUUGAUGCAAUUGCCUUGAUGGAGUUUUUUGAUAAUAGCGAAGAGAAUGAUUCAUUAGGAGAAAAAAAAUGUCAAGUGUGGGAGACCGUACAAAAUUUAGUUAGAAUGUCUGAAGCUGCUGUACCCAUGAAGUUUUCUGCCCUUAUCAGAACCUCUGUGGUAAAUGGCGUUAGUGAAAUGACAAGUACUACUACUUCUACUAAUAUAUCUAAUAUUCCACCUACAACCUCGUGGACAUUGCGUGACCGUUUGCGUCGUCUAAAACGUCUUUGGCAACUUCAUAAAGUGCAUACAUGUAUUUUACCUUCACUUCGCGAAUGUAAAUCAAAGAGUGAUAUUGUGACUCUUUUCUUUGGUAACACACAAGAUAAGGCUAAUACUAUCGAAUCUAUGCCAGAGAUAACCUCAUUACACAAGCAAGAACAACAGUUGAUUAAUGACUUAAUGGAAGAAGUGAAUGACAAUAAUCUAUGUAUGGAAUCAUGUGGUACUGUCUCAUUUCCACCACUACGUGUUUCUGCUGGUUCUUAUAUUAUUCACAAACGUUCUCGUUUUGAAGUUUUGGGAUAUUUGCUAAAUGUUGCAGAAUUUUUUGGACUUCCAGCUUUUCUGCGAUAUAUCCGUGUUAAUGCUGAACGGAGUCGUUCAUGUUUAGAUCACUCUCCAAUGACAUACAUGUCAUUUACAGCUAAUAACACAGAGUCUCAUCUUGAUGGGUCACCAUCGUCGUCAUUGCCACCGCUUCUCUUUCCAUCUCCAUGUGAUCUUGACCCACGCUGUUAUAGGGUUUCAGUACCUGAUCAGAUACAACUUGUACAAGGGGAGUUGAUUGAAUUAGCGAACAACUACUGUUCCUUUGGUAUUUUAGUGGGGGAAGCAGAUCAGAUUUUGCUCUUACUUCACACAAGUGCAACGUGCCAAGAAGGAAUGAAGACAGGGCGUGGUGGAGUAGCAGGGGAAGGAACAGUUGGGUCCGUAAAGUUAGAGCAGUCUAACGGUAACCCUUUACCAAAUGUAGGUAAGGAGAAACUGAAGAGUGAUCCCCUCCUUUCUUAUGCGCGACUGUUUAUUCCCACAGCGAAUAAGGGUGAUACGAAAAAGAAAAGUGUGUAUUGGUUAUGUGAUAACCGCUGGAAUUGUUCGAUGAAGUACUAUGCGUUGGUACUUGCCGUAGUGGUACCACAAAAUGAUUUGUGUGAAAAUGAGGAGGUAGAAGAGGUGGUGGAAGUGGGAGAACAGAAAGGAUGUGAAGAAGCAAAAAUAAAAAAAGGAGAAAAGUCUUCGGGAGGAUCUGUUAAUACCAUAGUUCCGUACUACGUGGCGGCUGUUUUGGAACUUUCUCGUUCUUAA